CUGAAUGAAUAAGAAUUGUUUGGGAAUUCUCAAAAUGGACGAUCAAACAAAGAAUACCGUACAAAAGCUUCCUUUCUUGAGUGUUCGGGCAGGACCGAGAGAUAAGGACAAAUGGAACGAAAGGCUUCAAGAAGAACUUAGUGCGUUGAUUCACUACGUUCAAUUCAACAAAGAACAAGACAACGAUUGGUUUUACAUCGAUUGUGAUGAAACGGGAAUACUUUGGAAUGGAAAGUGUUGGUAUUACCUUGAAAACGUUAGGUAUGAGUUCGAACUUACUUUUGAGAUUCCAGUGAGUUAUCCAACAACUCCACCAGAACUUGUAUUACCUGAGUUGGAAGGAAAAACUGCCAAAAUGUAUCGUGGUGGUAAAAUAUGUCAGACUGUACACUUUCAACCUUUAUGGUCACGUAACGUACCACGCUUUGGUAUUGCACACUGCUUGGCUCUUAGUUUGGGACCUUGGCUGGCAGCAGAAGUACCAGAAAUGGUUGGUAGAGGGGUUUUGACGAGUUUUGCCAGGUGAUCCUUGCUGAUUCAAUUCCACUUCUUUUUAUACCUGCUUUUGUAUUGUUACAGUUUCAAACCCAAAGACACGUCAAUCUCAGUCUGCUUCUUCGAAGAGAGUGUAUGCUGGAGAAAGAUUAUCUUUUGCAACAUAUUGUACUUUACAAAAUCGUAGUAUGAUAUGUUUUUUGGUUUGUUGCAGACGAAUAAAGGUUUUGAUUGUUUC